AUGCCCUCGACCUUUUCUCUCUCCCCCUCUGCUUUCUUUCACACGAACGCGCUCUCUUUGAAGAAGGACAGAGGAGGAGGAGGAGGAAAAGGAGAGACGAGGAGGAAAAGAGAGAAUUUGAGCAAAAGUAAUGCGACUGUUGUUGUUGUUGCGACGAGAACGAAUUUUGAUGAGAGGAAAAGCAGAAGACGCGAAGCGUUGUUGGUUUCCUUUCCUUCUUUAACGAGCGCGUUCGUUGUCUUUUUCUCCCUUCUGUUGAAUGAUGCCGACGCAAAGUCUGUUGAGGAGUGGAGUGAAGAAGAUGAAAUAACGUCCUGCGCGUACUUUGACAUCGGCCUGUGCGAAUCUAUCGUUCGCGCGGAAAGGGCGUUGGGUGGAGACGCGGUGUGUUCGGUAGGAGACGCCGAGAAAAUCGGGAGAGUGAAAAUUGGUCUGUAUGGGAAAAAGUGUCCAGAUACGGAGAAAAUGUUUCGCAAGUUAGUCGAGAGCGGCGCGUACGACCGAACUGUUUUCCACGACAUACGGAAAGGAGAGUUUAUCGCGUUUGGUGCGAACGGGAGCAAACGUUUAGGGCAAGUUUCGGUACCGGAGGGGACGUUUAGCGCGGGCGAGCGAAACGCGGAUUUAACAAAGGCGUCGGCGUUUCGCGGGAACCAUUUGAAACCGGGCACGGUUUCGUUGGCGUUGAGUUACGACGGAAGUCGGACGGCGAGUCCCUUCGAUGGCAACGUUUAUAGUGAAGUUAUAAUAACGACUGGACCGGCGCCGGUUCCGAGUUUAGACGGGAAGAAUAUCAUUUUCGGACGAGUCGAUCGAGAGAGUUUGGACGUGAUUUCGAAAAUAGCGAGCACGCCGGUGUUUUCGCCGUCGAGUCAAGUGAAAGCGUGGAAUUUCGUCGCCAGUCGCGUGGGCGACGAGAGAGCGGCGACGAGCAAAUUAGUUUGGACGAAGCCGACCAAAGCUGUGGCCAUUUUUCAAAGCGGAAUACUAGAAGUUUAG